AUUUCGUGUCUGCGUAGUCUUGCGUAAUGACGUAGAAUUACAGGCGUCGUCUAGUAAAUAUCCGCAUUACAUACACACAACAGGGAAGAAGCGAAGAUGGUUUACGUGGCUAAUGGCCAGGUCCUGGACAACAGAACCCAGUCACCAUGGAGACUAUCUUUCCUGACAGACAUGUUUUGGACUGCAGUUGAAUUUAUUGGUUUAUUCUUUCAGACACUUGUCCAACCAGAUCUAUCAAAGGACGGAAACAGUUCUUCUUCUCGUUUCAGUGAUGGUAGAGGUCCUCCAGGUGGCCCUGGUGGCCGGAGGCGGAUGGGGAGGAUAAACCACGGAGGGGGGCCCAGUGCUCCUCCAAUGGGUGGAGGAGGAGGAGGAUGAGGAAGGUAAACGCCUGCACGCUGAUGCAGGCGUUCGAGGGGAUGUGUGGAGCUCAUAAACGCUGUGAUGCUUGUAGUUUAAGCACUCCAUAAUAUGGAGGCAACUCAGCAGCGCAGUUAGAGCAACACACACAGACCAAUACACACAGAUACACACACGUGUGUGGGUGUGUGUGGGUCACCCCCUCCUCUUCCUCUGGCUGUUUCUGCUCUGCAGAUUCAUGAUGCUGUUCUGGGAAUUCCUAAACCAUGGGACCAGGGCAGUUGAACUAGCAGCCUACAAUCCUCAUCCUUCAGACCCUCAUGCUAUCAGACACUUCCCUUUUCCCAUAUGUCUACUGUUGAUUUGCUUCCAAUAAAGACUGUAUUGGUAGAGUGGUAUUAUUUUAAUUAUAUAUAAAACAUUCUCCAUUUUGUGAUAAUUUAGUUAUGUAUAAUCAAAAAUAAAAUCAUGAUUUAAUGGA